UGAGUAAAAUGCCGCAGAUUCUGGAAAGUUCUCCUCAGUAGUCUACAUAAGGCUGAGCGAUUGGGACCUCCCCUUUUGGAUUGGUAGCUGAGCGGCAGCAGCGGCGGCUGCGUGAGAGCGGCGGGCGGUGGACGGCGGAGAGCGGUGGCAAAGACUGAGCGCAGUCUUUCAGGGUAAGCCCGAGACAUCUUCCCGGCCUGUCGGGAGCAGGACGAGCACGCAGCGGACCCGAGGCGGAGGCAGACCGGGCCAGCCAUGUCGGUGGUUGGGCUAGACGUGGGCUCGCAGAGCUGCUACAUUGCGGUGGCGCGGGCCGGGGGCAUCGAGACCAUCGCUAACGAGUUCAGCGACCGCUGCACCCCGUCAGUCAUAUCAUUUGGACCAAAAAACAGAACAAUUGGAGUUGCAGCCAAAAACCAGCAAAUUACUCAUGCAAACAAUACGGUGUCUAGCUUUAAGAGAUUUCAUGGCAGAGCAUUCAAUGACCCCUUCAUUCAAAAGGAAAAGGAAAACCUGAGCUAUGAUUUAGUCCCAAUGAAGAAUGGAGGUGUUGGAAUAAAGGUCAUGUACAUGGAUGAAGAACAUUUCUUUAGUGUGGAACAGAUAACAGCCAUGUUGCUGACGAAGUUAAAGGAAACUGCAGAAAACAACCUCAAGAAGCCAGUGACAGAUUGUGUCAUCUCAGUCCCGUCCUUCUUCACAGAUGCUGAGAGGAGGUCUGUUCUGGAUGCUGCGCAGAUUGUGGGCUUAAACUGCUUACGGCUCAUGAAUGACAUGACAGCUGUUGCUUUGAAUUACGGAAUUUAUAAGCAGGAUCUCCCAAAUCCAGACGAGAAACCUCGAGUCGUGGUGUUUGUAGACAUGGGGCACUCCUCUUUCCAAGUGUCUGCCUGUGCUUUUAACAAAGGAAAACUGAAGGUUCUAGGCACAGCUUUUGAUCCCUUUUUAGGAGGAAAGAACUUUGAUGAGAAGCUUGUAGAGCAUUUCUGUGCUGAGUUUAAAACCAAGUACAAAUUAGAUGCAAAAUCCAAAAUCCGAGCCCUCCUUCGUCUCCACCAGGAGUGUGAGAAGUUAAAGAAGCUCAUGAGUUCUAACAGCACAGACCUGCCACUGAGCAUCGAGUGCUUCAUGAAUGACAAGGAUGUCUCUGGAAAGAUGAACAGGUCACAGUUUGAAGAACUAUGUACUGAGCUCCUGCAAAAAAUAGAGAUCCCCCUUCACUCGCUGAUGGAACAAAUUCAACUCAAGGCUGAAGAUGUGAGUGCCAUUGAGAUAGUUGGAGGUGCCACAAGAAUCCCAGCUGUGAAAGAAAGAAUUGCCAAAUUCUUUGGAAAAGAUGUCAGUACCACGCUCAAUGCAGAUGAAGCAGUGGCCAGAGGUUGUGCACUGCAGUGUGCAAUUCUUUCUCCGGCAUUUAAAGUUAGAGAAUUCUCCGUGACCGAUGCAGUCCCUUUCCCAAUCUCUCUGGUCUGGAACCACGACUCAGAAGAAACGGAAGGUGUUCACGAGGUGUUCAGUCGGAACCACGCGGCUCCUUUCUCCAAAGUGCUCACCUUCUUGAGAAGGGGACCCUUUGAACUAGAAGCUUUCUAUUCUGACCCUCAAGGAGUUCCAUAUCCAGAAGCAAAAAUCGGCCGUUUUGUUGUUCAGAAUGUUUCCGCACAGAGAGAUGGAGAAAAGUCCAAAGUGAAAGUCAAAGUGCGUGUGAACACACAUGGCAUUUUCACCAUCUCCACGGCAUCCAUGGUGGAAAAGGUCCCGACUGAGGAGGAGGAUGGGUCCUCUGUUGAGGCAGACAUGGAAUGUCCAAACCAGAGACCCGCAGAAAGCGCGGAUGUGGAUAAAAAUAUCCAGCAAGACAACAGUGAAGCUGGAACACAGCCCCAGGUACAAACUGAUGGUCAACAAACCUCACAGUCUCCCCCUUCACCUGAACUUACCUCAGAAGAAAACAAAAUCCCAGAUGCUGACAAAGCAAAUGAAAAGAAAGUUGAUCAGCCUCCAGAAGCUAAAAAACCUAAAAUAAAGGUGAUAAACGUUGAGCUGCCUGUAGAAGCCAACUUGGUGUGGCAGUUGGGGAGAGACCUUCUUAACAUGUAUAUUGAGACAGAGGGCAAGAUGAUCAUGCAGGACAAGCUGGAGAAGGAGAGGAACGACGCCAAGAACGCCGUGGAGGAGUGUGUGUAUGAGUUCAGGGACAAGCUGUGUGGACCAUAUGAGAAAUUCAUAUGUGAGCAGGAACAUGAGAAGUUUUUGAGGCUUCUCACAGAGACAGAAGACUGGCUGUAUGAGGAAGGAGAGGACCAGGCUAAGCAGGCGUAUAUUGACAAGUUGGAAGAGUUGAUGAAAAUGGGCACUCCUGUUAAAGUCAGAUUUCAAGAAGCUGAGGAACGACCGAAAGUUUUGGAGGAGCUGGGGCAGCGCCUGCAGCACUAUGCCAAGAUUGCAGCGGACUUCAGAGGCAAGGAUGAGAAGUACAACCACAUUGAUGAAUCUGAAAUGAAGAAGGUUGAGAAGUCUGUUAAUGAGGUGAUGGAGUGGAUGAAUAAUGUCAUGAAUGCUCAAGCUAAACGGAGUCUUGAUCAGGACCCUGUGGUGCGCACUCACGAAAUCAGAGCGAAGGUCAAGGAAUUGAACAAUGUUUGUGAGCCUGUCGUAACUCAACCCAAACCAAAAAUUGAGUCACCUAAACUUGAGAGAACUCCAAAUGGCCCAAAUGUUGACAAGAAAGAAGAUUUAGAAGGCAAAACUAAUCUUGGUGCUGAAGCUCCGCAUCAGAACGGUGAAUGCCACCCUAAUGAGAAGGGCUCUGUCAACAUGGACCUGGACUAGAUAGACUCCUCCACUUCCUCCUGGCUUCCUCCUCCUAUUCAUGAAAUGUGUUUGCCAUAGUAUGUGAUUCUGUAUAGCAGACUGAGUCUAUUUAUAUUUUCUUUUUUUCUUUAAGACUGUCUAGAAAUUUUGUGUAUUAUGAGGAAAAACAAAAGGAAAAGCUUGAGUCUGUAGUCUCUGACCCUAAAGGAGAAUGACUUUGGUGACAGGUUCCUGUGGAGUUGUGACCCACACUGAGCUCUGUACAGUAUUGCUGCUUAUACACUGAGGAGGUGGGUUUGUCUUCUGAGGAAACAAACUACACUGCUUGUUCAAGUGUGCUGGGAUGAGAAUCUCUGAAGCAGUUAUUCUUGCCAAGGGUGUUUUUUUGUUUUGUUUUGUUUUGUUUUGCAUUUUGCUCUUCAUUUCCGCAUGUGUGUGGCUGUGGUUGUUUAUAAAUGAGACUGUCUGAUUUGCAUAAGGGCUUUCAAAAAUUAAGUCUGUCCGUAGAGUGAUUUUGCUUUCAUUAUUACCAAGUCAAGAGUACAACAGAGCUAGUGAACUGUAGCAGCAUGCGAAGCAGGGCUGUAACUAUCACCACACAGUGCACUGUCCCGUGGAGGUGUGACACGGGAGACGUGUGGAUCAUGUGAUCAUUGUGAACACCUUGUGAGCUUUAAAAUAAAGUCCACCCUGUGGUGUCAUUUCUAA